AUGAAUGGCACAUUGAUUUUGAUUAAGGAUGAAGUAGAACAGCGCAGGAUUGUGAUCCGCAACAAGAUCUUGGCCAUUGGCAAGAUUUCAAGAGUCUAUUCUGUGUUACGCGAGAACUCUGAGCGCAUUACUGAACUGAAAUCACUCUCACCCAGCGGGAAAUUGCCUCUAGGCACAUUGGCAUUAGGUGCAGAGGGAAUCAAAUCAGCUAUUACGUCAUUUGAGGAAGCCAAGCGAGCCGAUCUCGAGAAUGAAAGAUUGCCUCCUUCUGGAGAAGAGGUGGAUCAGCUAUAUCAAAAGGAAACCAACGAGAAAAUACGCCAUGCUGUUGAGGAAGAAGACGGUCAGUUGAACCAUAUAGCAAAUGUCAUUGUCAGCGAUAUUUAA